AUAUAAAUAAGGAUGAAAUUUCAGUCAAGGGUUUCAUGCCAAUCACUGACUUCAGUUGUUCAAAAUGUAGUUCAAUAAAAAUCAUGGCCCAGUUUUCAGCACAUAUUCACUAAAAUGACGUGAAACUGACUUCAAUUACUUGAAACACAUCUCUUAUUGAACUCUGCAACCCCUAAGGUUUGUAGUUAGCGCUUGUGAUUGUCCUUCAGGUUUUUCGCGGCGCAAAUCAGGUGAUAUUUCUGUUAUGAUAACCGUAUGGGUCACUUACCUUGGACAUUUAUUGUAAGCACUCUGCUUUCUCACUAUUAGUACAAGAUUCGCUUCUUCGUUGUUACUUUUGGGGCUCAUAUCCAGUCGGAAAAGUACCCAAUUGUAAUAAUCCCAGGUGAUGGAGGGUGUCAGGCGUAUAGCAAGCUAAAAAACUCAACGUCACCUCCUUUUUUAGUAUGGAUAGACUUACGUUACUUUCUCGAACCGGGAAAACUAAACGAAUACUUCGGCUUAGUUUAUGAUCCAGUCACCAGAAAGUCUAGAGAUCCUGAUAGCGCAGACGUAUAUUUCCCAGGUUGGGGUGAAACGUGGUCUAUUGAAAAUUUGGAUAGCUAUAGACAUAGCAGAACUGAAUAUUGUGGUCCGAUGAUUGAGUCAUUGCGUCGUGAUCCUUUCUUUGUAUCCAACUGGACUAUUCGCGGUGCACCCUUCGAUUUCCGUAAAGCUCCAAAUGAAAACGAGGGCUUUAAUAACAAACUUAUGCACCUGAUUGAGGAGACUUAUCAAAAUGGUGGAAACCGGUCUGUUGUUUUGCUUGGCCAUAGUUUGGGGGCUAAAUACGGGAUGUACUUCUUAAAGUCAAUGAAGAAAAGCUGGAAGAAUACAUACAUCAAAACCUUUGUCUCACUCAGUGCACCUCUUGGUGGUUCAGUAAAGGCUCUUAAAAUCGAAGCAAGUGGAGAUAACUUUGGUGUGUUUUUACGCAGUCCACUUAGUUUCCGCCCUGUUCAGCGCACGCUACCUUCUCUUGCUUUUCUCCUCCCGGAUUCUCGUUUGUGGUCACCAAAGGAACCUCUUAUUAUAACGCCAACAACAAACUAUUCUGCUCAUGACUACGAACGUUUCUUCCAUGAUGUCAAUUAUUCAAUCGGUUUCCAGAUGAUGUUGGACAGUAAAUCUAUAAUUGAUACAUUCGAAAAACCAAGUGAUAUUGAUGAAAUCUAUUGUAUUCAUGGAUCAAAUUUGAGUACCACUGACAAAAUGAUUUAUUCACCGCCCAACUUCUUUCAUAGUGGAUUUCCAGAUCAAGUGCCGACAUUGAUUCCUGGAAACGGUGAUGGUACUGUUAGUCUACGUAGUUUAGAAGUCUGUAAACGUUGGCCUGGUAUAAAAUAUUUCAUGUUACCUGGGGCUGAACAUGUAAAUAUUAUGGGAGAUCCACGUUUUAUUGAUAUUAUUCAUCGAAUUGUUGGUGCUAAUACAACUAAAACAUUAAACUGUUGUUAAUUAUUUUCUUCACUUUAUUAUUUACUUCUUCACUGUAAUAAGAUUCUCAUUUCAUUCAAUUUCCAUAGAAUUAUUUGUUACAAUAUGGGAUGGUGGUCAAGAUAGACUGCAAAGUAUAAGACACAUGGUCCUGGACGUAUCAAAUGUCAUAUGGAUAUACUCAAACUUGAACAAUAUUUUUGUUUUAAUGUGGACAAAAUCAGGAUAAUAGAAGUUAUGUUUUCUGUAUUGUUUUUAGGUCCUCAUAAUUUAUUUCUAUUAUUACUGUAUUUUAUUACAAA